AUGGCGCCCUCCGACGAAGUGUGGAAUUCCAAGAAAGAGAUCAAACUAGCACUUGUGGGUGAUGCAGGUGUUGGGAAGACAACCUGGGUAUCUGAACUUAUUGGCCCGGAAUUACCUGCCAGGGCCACCGCGACCGCCGAAAUUGGCUACAAGCGUCGCGGGUACUACUUUCCAACUACUAUUGGUACUUUCUUUCUCAAUAUAUGGGAUAUAUCUGGAUCCCAUACUACUACUGCUCAGGAGAGGGCUCAAUGGAUCCAUGAUAGUGAUGCCGCUAUUAUUAUGGUUGAUCUAGCCGACCGGGCAAGUAUCGAAAAUGUAGUAUAUUGGUAUAAUCCAACAAAAAUCUUUGGGUCCGAUGAAAUGGGGAACAUGCCAGUUUUAUACGAAUCAUAUGUAGAUCUUGCUGGACCCGAAGUGAACCAGAUGGAGGCGGCCCCGAGGGGUAGCCGGGACGAAAGACCUAUUAAAUGGAUUUUGGAGCAACUUAUCGGUCAAAAGGUGGAAAUAUUCAUAGGUUGUUGCACCGGCAUUCCGGCUCCAACCCAUAACCCGGAAUUAGAAAAAUACAAGGCUGAGAUGGACGAGGCAGCAAAGGAUUUCCGGCUGCCCGAUGAGGACGACGGGGACUUGUAA